GGGAGGGGGAAGGGGGCGAUAAGAGCUGGGCUGAUGUGAACGUCGGACCCACGUGAUGGGCGAACAUCCAGCACAACGAGAAUUAGAGAAAGUUCGGGGGGAGAAAACACUUUCCUAGGAACUUGUGCUAAGGAUUUGACGAGCAGAGGUUAAAAGGGAGGCACACACAGCUGUCUGCAGCAGUUCUCAUAGCUACACAAAAACAAACAUCUCUCCAGCCUGGGAGUAAAGUGUUCAUAUUUACGGGGGAGAAACCAACCGGAUCCCCAGUUGUACAGGAAGAGGGCUAAACAUCCUCAGCGUCAGUCUCAAAGGAGAGAAAGAAUGAAAGUCUGUACACCUGCCGGAAUCUAAACAAAAGCGACAUCUCUGAAAGUGGGAUCAGGUUGUUUGAAAAGCGAGCUCAGCAGAACGCUAUUCACCAUGGUGACAGUGCCAGUGCUAGUUAUUUUCCUUUGUUCCAUCAAGCAUGUAGCGAUGCUUGAGGCCGAAUGGUGGAAAACAAGAAUACCUGCUGUUUUGCCUCAUGAUACCGUGACACUGGAGAAAGCUCAUUUUCAGGGUAGAGCAAAGCUAGAAGUAACCUCUCCAUGUGAAUUAGAGUGUCAUAAAAGAGCACCCCUACCAACAUAUGAAGACCUAAAAGAAUAUUUGUCUUAUGAAACUCUGUACUUCAAUGGAAGCAGAACCCUUACAAAUGUAGACAUCUAUAGUUUCAAUGCAGUCGAUUUGGUAAACAAACAGCACUACAGCAAUGGUGGAAGAACAAAAAGACAGGUCUUUGGCUUGGAUGGUAGAUUCAGCAUCUUAGCAAAAAACUUCCUGUUGAGCUAUCCUUUCUCAACAUCAGUGAAAAUCUCCACAGGCUGCACUGGGACUCUUGUAGCUGAGAAGCAUGUUCUAACUGCUGCUCACUGUAUUCAUGAUGGUAAGAACUACGUGAAGGGUGCACAAAGGAUCAAAGUUGGAUUUUUUAAGCAGAAACAAAAAGCCACAAACCAAACCAACUCGCAUUUUCCAGAAAAACCUAGGCUCCAUUGGAUACGAGUAAAACGGACACAUGUCCCAAAAGGAUGGAUCAAAGGUUCAGCAAAUGAAAUUGGCAUGGAUUAUGACUAUGCACUAUUAGAAUUGAAAAGGCCUCACAAGAAACCCUUUAUGAUAAUAGGAGUUACUCCGCCUCGGGGAAGGAUGCCUGGCGGUAGGAUUCACUUUUCUGGUUUUGAUAAUGACCGACCAGGAGAUCUUGUUUAUCGUUUCUGCUUGGUCAAAGAUGAAACCUAUGACCUCCUUUAUCAGCACUGUGAUGCUCAGCCAGGAGCUAGUGGUUCGGGCGUUUACAUUCGAAUGUGGAAAAGACAAAGUCGGAAAUGGGAGCGAAAAGUGAUUGGCAUAUUCUCAGGGCAUCAGUGGGUGGACAAGAAUGGUGUGCAGCAGGAUUACAAUGUGGCUGUUCGAAUCACUCCUCUGAAAUAUGCACAGAUUUGCUUCUGGGUCAAAGGAAACUAUGUUGACUGUAGAGAUGGAUGAAGGUAUUUUUUGCUAUUUUAAAAGCUGCACUGUGCAAGCAGGUAACCUUCAUAUCCAGGAGAUAUUCAAUUCUGAAACUUAUUUUACUGUCAUGUCAGUGCAAUGCAAAAACAGAGCUCAAUUAAAAAUACAGAAAAAUAAAGUUUUUAAAAUGCUUUGUAACUUCAUUUUUGUGUCAUCUUGAAUUUAAAAAGAUGGCAACCCUUGCAAUAACUUCUUCUCGCUGCAUUUUUGAACACCAUGUAUUUAAUGAUGUAACCAUUUCUUUUCUCCCAGCCAUAAAUGUUUGAAAUGAUUUAAAUAGCCAGUCUAAUAAGAUAGCAUUAAAUGCCUUUUGAUGUCCUGAUUUACACUGGCAUCUAAAUCUAGGUUGUAGCACUUAAAGUGGAUUUUCAAAUGAGUUUGAUAUUUUAAAAGGCUAUUUUGUCAAAAACUGUGUCACUGCAUUUAAUAUGGAAACAGUAUUUUACCAGACAGAUGUCUGUGAACAAGUAUGAAGGCUCUUCUGUCCCCUUUAUAAGAUUGUUCAUUUUGAAUUUAAAAGUAUGGAACCAGUCAUUUAAAGAUAUUUUCAUUCAUAGUAAGGCUGUUCACUAAUGUCAAAGCCACUUGCAGAAUAGUAAUGUAUCCUUUUUAUUUAACCAUGGACCAUAAUUCAGAGGCGAGCUAUUAAUGAUAGUUAUGUAGGGAUGUGACACAAUGUGAAAGUCAAUAAUACAUUUAAUACAGUAUUAAUACAAUAAUACAGAACCUGUCCUUGACUCUAAUAGAAUCAUUCAGCAUGGAAACAGACCCUUUGAUAUAACUAGUCCAUGCCGACCAUGUUCCAAAACUAAACUAGUUCCACUUGCCUGCAUUUGGCUCAUAUCCCUCUAAACCUUUCUGAUUCAUGUACAUAUGUGAAUGUUUCUUAAAUGUUGUAAGUGUACUUGCAUUCACCAUUUACUCUGACAGUUCAUUCUACAUACAAACCACUCUGUGUGCCAAAAAAAAGUUGCCCCUUAUGUCCUUUCUAAAACUUUCUCCUCUCACCUUAAAAAUACACCCACUAAUUUUGAAUUCCCCCACCCUAGGGAAAAGAUCCUUGCUAUUCACUUUCUGUAUGCCCGUUAUGAUUUUAUUAACCUCUAAAGGUCACCCCUCAACCUCCCACGAUCCAGUGAAGAAACUCCCAGCAUAUCCAGCCUAUUUCUAUAACUCAAACCCGCCAUUCCCAAACAUUCUAGUAAAUAUUUGCUGAAAUUCUCCAAUUUAAUUAUAUCCUUACAAUAGCAGUACCUUCACAAAAUUGGACAGUUUAAACUUUCACAUUGAUGGAAGAAUGAAAGCUUCAUUAAUACUAAAUGGGACGCUGAGUAAAAUAGCAAUUAAGUUUGUCACAUUUCAAGGUUGUCUUCAUGUUUUAUUGAUUAAUUUCUCGCAUGUGGGAGUUCUUGAUGAAGUAUUGGUGGUUUGUUUGAAUACCUAUAGUCCAUGUGGCAAAGGUGCUCAAGCAAUGUUGUAAUAUAAUGAUUUCUAUGAAUUUAACCCAGUGACAAUUAAAUAACAACAAUGUGUCUAAGUCAGGCUGAUUAUUUGACUUGGAGGAAAAUUUGGAGGUGAUGGUGUUCCUAUGCCCUUUUUGCCCUUGUUCUCUAAGUGGUAAAAAUCAUCUGUUCAGAAAGUGUGAGUGAAGAAAUCUUGGUGUGUUUCUGUAUCAUUUUGAUCAUACACCCUGAAUCUAUUUUUGUAGCUAGCGCAUGAGCUACAGUUGAAAUGAACUGCAGUGUUGUGGAUAAUAUUAAAAUUUUGAUGUUCUUGCAGAAGCGCGAACCAAUUAAAUCUUGGUAAGUACUUCUUGUCACAAGAUCUUCAUAUUUUAGGCGUUCUCUUUCUUGAGCCUUCCUCUCCAAAAUGUUGGAUAUUUUAUGAGUCGCUAAUUAAUUCCCCAUUUGGGUUACCCUUAUGGAACAUAAUCCAGCCUCAAUCUGAAGGUAGAACGUCCGCGCUUUCCACCUAAUAUCUGUGAAUAUAGGAAGCGCUCUAUCAUUUUAUCCCUGCAACUUAUGUUAUUAGAAUGUCAUGUUGUCUUUUAUUUUUUAUGUCAUAUUCCCAGGAGAAGGUAUGUUUACAGGUUUAAAGUUUUAAACAAAUUGAAAAUCCCAGGUAGUGCUAUAUCUUUGUUUGAAAAGGCUGUGAUUAUCAAUAACUUUGUUUCCAUAAAUAUGCAACUCAUAUUCAAAGUCCAUCUAGAAUGCUGAAGAAAACUCCAAGUCAGUGUUCCAAUUUCACCAUUUUGAAAUAGCUAAACAUCUAGGGAGGGCUUCUUUGUGCUGUUCUGCUAACUGUUGGCCUGUUGAUGAAUGAUAAUAAUUUCACAAUAUUUUCAAAUGCUUUACUGUAUUGUAUUUUCUAAGGCACUUUCAAAUCUUAUGCAGUAUUUUAUGACAUACAUUAUAACUACAACUUGUAUAGCAUCUUUUAUGUAAUGAAACUUCCCAGGGCAUUUCACAGAAAUGCUGUGAAACAAAUGUGGCAUUGAGCCACAGAAGGACUUGUUGGAUCAGGAAACCAGAUCUUGAUCAUAGAGGUCAAUUUUAAAGUGUGUCUUAAAAGUGGAAAGUCAGAGAGAGGUGAAAAAUGGCAGGAAGGAUAUUCCAGGCCUUGGGGUGUAGGCAACUGAAAUCAUAGCAACCAGUGCUAAUUUGAAUGAGUCACAGAUGCUUUUCAAAACAUCCAUUUUGUUUUUAAAUUGUAUUUUAAUUCAUUCACAUUCCUUAUUCAUCCUUAUCAGUUUAAGGUAGCUGAAAUGCUACAUAAACUUAAAGGUAGAGUGGUUUUCCACUUAGAGUCAUAGAGUUCCCAGUGUCAGUGUACUAGUGAAAAUGGAGAGUGAGGACCUAAUCUGAAUCCAAAGAGAAGCAAAAUAAAAAUCUUAGUGCAGGAGAUCUCUCUUUGCUUCAAUUUGACACUACAAGCAGUACGACUCCUAAGCCCAAUAAGAAUGAAAACUUCCCUGUGAUCUCUUGUGUUCUGUCAUUGAGACUAUCUUACAUUUAAUUGCUGGUACAGGAAAUCUGCACGUAGAUAGUCAAAGCUCUCCUAAAUUCAAUCCGGGCACUAUAAGCAGAUUACUCACUAUAUUGAACAGACAGUUGUGACUUCCUGUUAAGAUGAGCAGCUGCAGUAUAAGUGCAGUCUUGUUGGUGAAUCAUAAUGCACAGCAAUUAGUUUUUGGACUCUGAGAUAGUUUACGCAAUGGAAAUGUGUGUAAGAUGUACUGGAGAUUGUUCAUUGAAUAGGAUGAGACAUGUCAACUGGGGUUAUUUUAAUAAGCCUUGCCUUGUCCAGCAAUAGCCUGCGGUGAUGAAUAUAAAUGGUUAACACAGUAGUUCUUAUUAUCUCUGGGUAUCAAAAUAGUUUUGAGAAAACACUACAUGGUUAAAUUUGCUGAUGUGGAUCAGCAUGUUUGAGCUGAACAAACAGAAGUGAGAAAAGUACAAUUGAUCACUUAGUGUUCCACCUGUGAUUUGACAAGUGCAGGUUAUGACUUGAAUAUCACCACUCCCUCAAAAAAUCUUUGCUCUUAUACCAGUGAUGCCAUUAAUGACUGAUCCUACCAGAUGUUUAAUUAUAUAUGCUUGCCCUAACUUGAAUAUGGAUCUACAAUAAUUUGAAAUGAAGAUCUUGAAAAUGCACCAGCUGAACUCCAUAGGAUUUGGAGUCAAUAUUACUCAAAAAGUCACAAUCAAGUUGCUGAUAAUAAAAUGUGAGGCUGGAUGAACACAG